GUAGUUUUGAACUAGUGAAAGUCUGUUCUGAAAAGAGAAGCUCUUUAAAGAGCAGAAGUAUAAAAGCUAUAAAUAUAUCAUGAAACAGGCAGCACAACCACGUAGCAUUUUGAAUUACUAAACGGAGAAAGAUGAAGAAGAAGAGAAUGAGAAAAAAGAAAAACAUUUCAGUCAAAGCUCAUAAGAAGGGGAAGCAUAUUAUUAGGGCUAGGGAAAAAGCAGCACAAAACGUGAGUCCAGUUGUUGAGAAGUACUGGUUUCAAAGGUACAAUCUCUUCUCCAAAUACGACGAGGGUAUCACAAUGGACGAGGAAGGAUGGUAUUCCGUCACGCCCGAACAGAUUGCGAUUCGACACGCUCUGAGGUGUGUCGCUGCCACUGCCAAACCCAAUCCGGUUGUUAUCGAUUGCUUUGCUGGGGUUGGUGGCAAUGCCAUUCAGUUUGCUAGAAUGUGCUGUUAUGUUGUUGCCAUUGACAUUGAUCCUAAAAGACUUGAAUUGGCUAUUAACAAUGCCAAAAUUUAUGGGGUCCAACAUUGUAUCGAUUUCAUAGUUGGGGACUUCUUCCAACUCGCCCCGUCGUUGAAGGGGGACAUAGUGUUUUUAGCACCACCAUGGGGAGGUCCAUCAUACAAAAGUAUUGAAAAUUUUACACUUGAUUUUCUCAAGCCAAGAAAUGGGUAUGUGGUAGAUGUGUUUGUUUCCCAAACAUAAGCAGAUUAUAAAUUU